CUGGCGCAGCUGCAGCUUCAGCGGGAAGCCCAGCUGAAGGAGGCUGAGGAGAUGCUGGAGCAGGAAGGCUUGUCUGACAUAGCUCGCAGUAACACCAGUGAACAGCUCGCUUAUUUACUGGUAGAGAGAGCCACGCUGCUGGAGAAACUGGAGAUUGCAGAUCAGAAGCUGAAUUCCCAGAGCUACGUGGACGGCCUGUGCUCAGCACAGCUUCAGGAUGAGUUUCAUCACAUUCAUCAGACCUUAGAAGAUGAACUCAAACAAUGGCGUGAAUCCAUGCAGUAUAAUAAAGAGACAGAGAAUAAGGUAAUACAUUUUUACUCUUGCAGGGCCGAGCUGGAAAGGGAGCAAGCGCUGCGCGCAAGAACUGAACAAGAUCUGGAUGAGGCCACACAGAGGCUGCACAUGGCCCAAGAGGAGAUCCAGAGGCUGACAGGCGAGCUGGGUGCACAAAGAAAGGAGCAGAGCGAAAAAGGUUCUGCUGUGUGGUCAGCCCUGCAAAUGCCUGAGAGCUGGGAAGAAGGAGGGAACGAGCAGAGAGAGAGUGAUAGCACUGAGCUGCAGAAGGCCAUGGAGCAAAACAGCAGGUUGGACAAGGAAAUUCUGGCCCUGCGAGCCCGAGUUCAAACCCUGGACUUGGAAAGAAAAGCUUUCCUGGAUCUGGUGGAACAGCUCAAAGAGGAGAUCUGCGAGUAUCAAAAGAGUGAGAAACAAGGACUUCCAUUCCCUGCACCAAAUGAGGCUGAUGAAGUUGCAGUGUGCUCACUGCAGACACAGGGCACAAAGGAUGAAAGGAGGGUUGAAGGAGACUGUGUUCCAGGCCAUGCUGGCUUGGAUCAAGAUGACAGAUACCAGGAUAGCGAAAUACCUCAUAAAAGGUGCCAAGAGGUGACUGAAAACGUCGAGGGCAGGAAUUCACAGCUCCUUUACAAGCUGCAAAAACUGGAGCAGAAGCACGAGGGUUUGGCUGAGCGCAAUGAAGAACUGGAAUCUCUUCUAGGAGAUGCACAGAUCCAAACCAAGCAGGAGAAGGAGCACUUUGAGGGUGAGGUGGAAGAACUUCACCAGAAAAUGACAAGUUUAGAGAUGGAAUUACUCGAAGUGCAGAAGAACAAAACUGGGACGAGUGGAGAAGAGCAAGCGUUGACCGAUGGAGCACAAGAAAUGCGAGAGAUGCUGGAAAGCUGUCAGGAAAAGAUAGAAAAGUUGGGAAAUCAGCUGGGAGAGCGGAGAGAACGGAGAAAACAACUUGCAUCCGAACUUGAACUGUUACGAGAAGACCUGAAGGCUGAAAAGAAGGAAUUGCCUGACUCAAAAUCAGAGCUUGCAAGCCAUUCUAGUGACUUCCAGAGUCUCCAAAGAACAUCAGCAAACAGGGAUGUGGUUAAUGUAUCCCAUGAGAAGCUACAAAAAGAUAAUGCUUUGUUAGAUACAGAGGUCUCUGAACUACAAGAACAUGAACAAAUUAGCAAACUCGAGCAGAAACACGAAGAUUUAACUACUGAUGAAAAGGCUUGUGAAGAGCUGAUGGCUAAAGUAGUAUUUUUGGAAGAACGGAUCCAAAACUUGAGGGCUGAACAAGAACUGCUCUGUUCUGAAUUACUAGAAAGCAACAAGAAGAGGGAGGAGCUAGAAAAGCAGCUCAAGGAGAGCAAUGAAGACAAACAGUCGUUACUGGAAGAAAUUGCCCAGCUGAAACACGAAACGGCGGCUGCGUGGGAGCGCUGUGACAGCGUGGAUGAAGAAGCUUUGAGAAGGAAGCAAGGCAUGGCCCAUAGAGAGAACAAGUUUCUCUUACCUCAGAGUUCUGCAGGCAGUUUAGAUGGGAGCAUUAAACAGAGUCUGUCUGAAGAGCGAUUCCAGCAACAGGAGGAAAAGAUGCAGCAACUGCGACAGGAUCUGCGUCGUGUUCAGAACCUGUGCAGCUCAGCUGAGAGGGAGCUUAAAUAUGAACGGGAGAAAAACGUUGACUUGCAAAAACAAAACUUCUUGCUCUGCACCAAGGUCAAAGCUGAGCUGAAGCAAGCCCGCGCGAAGCUUCUGGACACGACUGAAACGUGCUCCUCUCUCUCAGCACAGUGGGAAAAGAGCCAGCAGAAGGUCAAAGAGCUGGAGCGAGAGCUCUUGAAGAGCUCCCAGGCUGAUGCGCUGCAGAGCAGUCUACAAGAGAAACUUUCCCAGGAGAAGUCCAAAGUAUCCGAAGCACAAAAAAAGAUCUCGAAGCUCCAGCAGAAGCUGAAGGAAUCACAACACCAGCUCCUUCUGGCAGAGGCCCGUGUUUCGGACAAGAAACUGCUGGAGGAGGAAUUGAAAGAGGCCCGAGAAAAUGAAGCUCGAGUGCAGCAAGAGCUGCACGAGGAGUGUCUGAAGAGGAAGCUCCUGGAGCAGCAGGUGGAGGAGCUGCGGCAGCAGCUGCGGCACUCGCGGGAGACGGAGGCGUCGCUGGCCAAGAUGCGUGUGGAGCUGCAGGCCAAGACUCUGCACGUCCUGGAAGAUGAGAGGAAAACGGGCUCGAGCGAGCAUCUCCAGUGUCACAAGGAGAACCAGAAGCUUUCAGAGCAACUUUCCCUGCUGAAGGAGGAAAACAAAGCCCUUUAUGAGGAAGGAGUCCGGCUCCUGAACCAAAAGGAUCUGUAUGUCAGGAAAUACAACGAAAUGCAGCUCCGCCACAAAGACAAGAUCCGUCGAGCGAAAGAGACGUUUAUCCACGAGGUGAAACAAAGGGACAGUAAAAUCAAGCAGCUUGAAAGUGAGCUCAGCGAGUCAAAGCUCCAGGUAGAGAAGGGGAAGGUGCUGAUUGCCCAGAUCACUGCAGAGAAUGAAAAACUGCUCCAGGAAAGAAGGCGGCUCCUGCAGAAGAUCUCUGACCAGGAGGACACCCCUUGGAGCAGCAAGGCUACGAUUGCCACCCUCCAGAGCAGAGCGAAGAUCCUGGACGAGGAGAGCGUGCGGCUUCAUGAGAGCAAAGUGCAGCUCUGCGGCCCCGCGCCGGCCUCACCGCGCGCGCCCAGGAGCGGCCCCGCGCCCGGCACCGAGGACUUGAAGAGUGUUAACUUCCCCGAACGCCAACUACAGAGUAAGAUGUUGCCAUCUCCCUGUAUCAGCUUCCCGCCCCGGGAACUGCCAGACUCCCUCAGCACCCUGAGGGCUGCGCGAGACGCCGGGCCCGAAGGAGGAGCUGCAAGCCAGGAGUCCUCCUUUUGCUUGUCUCCUUCGCAGCCUUCUGAGAUCGGGUACUUAAACGUGGCUUCGCCCGGGGACACCACAGUGUCCCAGCUGCACGAGGAGAGCCAGAGCAUCAGCUCCGAGAACUUCUAA